AUGCACGGCUUCUCCACUGCCAUCAAGAACCAGCUGAGUUUCAACAAGAUGAUUGAAACUCAACUAACUCAAGUGGCUGCCGCCAUCCCCCCUGCUAUGGAGAAUGUUAAGGCGAUCACGACACGGGGAGGUAAAACUACUCAAGAUCCGCCUUAUCCUAAACAUGCCAACAGGAAGAAGGCAAGCCUGAUGGCAGAAGAACCACCUCGAGAGGAAGAACCCGAGAAGGUUCAUGAAGGAAAAAUGGCUCCGCACGAAUUCUAUGACACCCAAGUAUUGUCGUUCCCUAUGAGGGCAAAGAAACCAAAUACAAAUGACCAGUUCAACCGAUUUGUUGAGGUGAUCCAGCAAGUGAACAUCAAUGUGCCUUUGAUGGAUGCGAUGGAGGUUCCAACCUACGCCCACUACCUUAAGGACAUAAUUAACAACAAGCGGCCUCUGCCAACUACUGAAGUGAUCCAGCUCACUGAGGCAUGUAGUGCAGCUAUACUUCAACAAUUGCCCGAAAAGAAAAAGGAUCCAGGGUGCCCCACUAUCAUUUGUUCAAUAGGGGCACAGAGCUUUGACAAGGCCCUAUGUGAUCUGGGUGCCAGUGUCAGUGUAAUGCCUAAGGCAGUAUUUGAUCAGCUCAACCACUCAGUGUUGACUCCAACACCUAUGCAGUUGCAGUUGGCCGAUUCUUUGGUAUGA